ACGGGCGGGAGCGCAUCCCGCACCCCGGAUCCCGCACCCCGGAUCCCGCAUCCCGGAUCCCGCACCCCGGAUCCCGCACCCCGGAUCCCGGAUCUCGCAUCCCGCAUCCAGCAUCCCGCACCCCGCAUCCGGCAUUCCGCAUCCCGCAUCCCCACCCGGGCGGGCUGGAGGCCCCGCAUCCCGCACCUGGGCAGCGCCGACAGCCGUCCUGCCCCGCCAGGAUGAGCGGCCCCGCCGGGGGAGCCGCGCCGGGCGCCGCGGGGCUCUGCCCCGGCCAUGAAUUUCAAUACAAAGACCUUCAUGGAUGCUGCUUGUGCCAUUUCCAGUCUCCCAGACCAUCCCAUCCAUAAAUCCCUGCAUUCUGAGCAUGCUGCAGCCUCCAAACUAAUUUAGCACAGGAGGAACACACCCUGAGUCCAGGAUGAGGUCUCUUCUAUGGACAUUGAACUCUCAGCUGCCUGUGCCUGUUGCCUGUGAUGGAAGAACUUGAUGUGAAUGUGAGUUCCAGUGAGGGCUUUGGCAUCGCGGGGAAGAUCGUGCUGCUCUCCUUCGUCUCCGCCGUCAUCCUGAUGGCCAUCCUGGGCAACCUGCUGGUCAUGGUGGCCGUGUGCCGGGACAGGCAGCUCAGGAAAAUCAAGACCAACUAUUUCAUUGUUUCCCUGGCCUUUGCUGACCUGCUGGUGUCGGUGCUGGUGAUGCCCUUUGGAGCCAUCGAGCUGGUUCAGGAUAACUGGAUCUAUGGAGAGAUGUUCUGCCUGGUGAGGACAUCCCUGGAUGUGCUGCUCACCACAGCAUCCAUCCUGCACCUCUGCUGCAUCUCCCUGGACAGGUACUAUGCCAUCUGCUGCCAGCCCCUGGUGUACAGGAACAAGAUGACCCCGCUGCGCAUCGCGGUGAUGCUGGGAGGCUGCUGGGUCAUCCCAACCUUUAUUUCCUUCCUCCCUAUCAUGCAAGGCUGGAAUAGCAUUGGCAUCAUUGACCUGAUCCAGCAGAGACAAUUCAACAAGGCCUCCAACUCCACCUACUGCAUCUUCAUGGUGAACAAGCCCUACGCCAUCACCUGCUCCGUGGUGGCCUUCUACAUCCCCUUCCUGCUGAUGGUGCUGGCCUACCACCGCAUCUACGUCACGGCGCGGGCACACGCGCGGCAGAUCCGGCUGCUGCAGCGCGCGGGGAACCCGGAGCCACGGCAGCACCCCCCUGACCAGCACAGCACCCACCGCAUGAAAACCGAGACCAAAGCUGCCAAGACCCUGUGCAUCAUCAUGGGCUGCUUCUGCCUCUGCUGGGCCCCGUUCUUCGUCACCAACAUCGUGGAUCCCUUCAUAAACUACACGGUGCCCGGCAAGCUGUGGACGGCCUUCCUGUGGCUGGGCUACAUCAACUCGGGCUUGAACCCUUUCCUCUACGCCUUCCUCAACAAGGCUUUCAGACGUGCCUUCCUCAUCAUCCUGUGCUGCGGUGACGAGCGCUACCGAAGGCCUUCCAUCCUGGGCCAGACCGUGCCCUGCUCCACCACCACCAUCAACGGCUCCACGCACGUGCUGAGGUACAAGGUGUUACACAAUGGGCACCACCAGGAACACGAGAAGCUUCCCAUCCACACCGACCCCGAGUCCCAAGAGUCCUGUUUCUAGUCCUGGGCCCAGAAGAGGAAGAGCAGAGACCUUUUAGGAUAUCCCAAGGAUUCACAGACAGCAGGACUUGAAAAUCCAUCCAUCUGCAUUGUCUUGGUGCCUCCUGCAGUGAAUUCCCAGGAAUGUCCAGCCGUGGGAGCUGGCUGGGAGCACGGGGAGGCUCAGACCUGCUGUCCCUGUCCCUGCAGGAGCAGCUGGAGCACGGCUAUGCCAGAGCCCUGCUCCAGCAGGGAGGGAUUCCUGGCAAAGGCAGGACACAAAGCAGCUCCAAACCACCCUGUGCAGGGACUCCUGCUGCCCCUUUCCAGCUGUUCCUUUCCUGCUGCCCCUUUCCAGCUGUUCCUUUCCAGCUGUUCCUUUCCAGCUGCCCCUUUCCCACUGCCCCUUUUCAGCUGCCCCUUUCCCACUGCCCCUUUCCCACUGCCCCUUUCCAGCUGCUCGUUUCCCACUGCCCCUUUCCCACUGCCCCUUUCCCACUGCCCUCUGCUCAGCCCUGUCCUGGGGUCCCAAGGUGUGGCUGAAGCCCGGCAGGGUGGGACUGAGCUGCCCCAUCCCCGCUGGCUCCUGCCCGGACACUGAACCCUGUCAGGGGAGCAGUGCCACGUUUUCUCCAGGAGAACAAGAGGAAAUGUCUGCUGCCCUUUGGCUCCAGCCCCUGGGGGUGGUUUGGUUCCAGCUGCUGCCUCACCCACCCUGCUGAGCUCUGGAAAUGCUGUGGCUGUGUUUCCUGGCCGAGGAGGACUCCAGGGAUGUGCAGGGAGUGGGACCAGCCACGGCCGUGCUCUGUUCCCAGGGGAUGGGAUCCCACCAGGAUGGGAUGUCCCCUGGAGCCCAGAGCUGUCCCCAUCCCUCCCCUGAGCAAACUCGGGGCAUCCUGAGGCUGCAGGAAGCUUGGCCAGGAGCCAGAGCCGCUCUGUAAUGGGAUCACUAAGUGCCAUCUUGGAAAACAAACCAUCUAAACCCUUUUCUAGCUACAUUUGGAAGAGAGACUUCUACUUACCUUUGCUACCUUUAUUUUUCUAUUUGUUGCUGUCUCUUCCAGUUGAGGCAAGAAGUUUUCCAGACUUUUCCAGUCCCACCAUUUGCAAAGAUCUCAGUCCUCAGCUGCUCUCUGCAUGUCGAUGUUGCCACGUUCCUCGUGAGCUGCUUCUCCCUUUGCAUGGAAAGGGUGGGCAAGGCUCUAAACUCCCCAAAUUUGGGAAAAGGAUUUUCAUGCAGGAUCAAGACCACGAGCCUCGACCCUUUUUAGGUGAAGAUCUACCCCAGAGAUGCCACCCUGAGCCUAGGAAAUAAAAUUGUACUUUGUCAUAUCGUGUAACCAUGUACAGAUAUUUUUAAUG